AUUUAUACAACUAAAGUUAUGAUGAUGGAUUAUGAUAAUUUUGAAGUGAAUGAAAGUAGAAUAAGUUUGAAUGUAAAUUUGAAUAUUUAUAUAUUGUUUAGAAAGAUGAAGAAAUAAAGAAGUUAACAUUAGAAGAAGACUUACCAGAGAUCAAACGAGCAUAAAUAAUUUUGAUGAAAGGAUAACAACGUUAAAAAUUAGCUGUAAUUUAUAUUCCAUCUAUUUUUUUGUUUGGUAGAUAUAUAACAACCUACACAGAUUGCUAUCUCUUGGUUUUGAUUAAUUAUAUCAAUAUAUAAGAGGUGACAUUAUGGAACAGAGUGAAGAAGUACAAAUAAUGGCAGCAAAAUCUUUACAAGGUUGUAAAGUAAAGCCAAAAGAAAUCAUUUAAUUGGCACUACAUUUCAUUUAACUUUAUUAAUGGAAACUUGCAUAGGCUUGGAUGCCAGUUUUUCAAAAUUUGGUGUUACUGAUUGAUUAUAAAGAGUUUAAGUCUUAUUUAGAGAAAAUGAUUCUCCAAUUUAGUGAACCUAAAUAACCUGAAAUAGGAAGAUGGGUUGGUGCUAAAAUGAUAGUGUGUAUUUCACCUGUGUUAAAAGAUGAAAUGAAGGGACCAAUAUUAGAUAGAGCUCGUUUAUUGUGUUGCGAUCCAGAUCAUGAGAUAAGAGAACUAGUUGCUGAUGAAUUAUUAACUUGUCUUAUAUGCAAUCUAUCAGGAGAAAUAGUGGAAUAAUAUUUUAUAGAUAAAAUUAAUGAACUAUUAUAUGACACUUAAAUUAAUGUCAAAAAAAGUAUGAUUAAAACAUUCCUAAGAUUUCAACAUAAAUUACCUAGAAACAGUUAUAAUGUAAUUAUGAUAUUUAAUAGAAAGAUUAAAGGAACCACUAUAUUUAUGGAUUGUUUAUCUACAAAUAAUAUCGAAUUGCUCAGUGUGGCUUUGCAGUAUUGCGGAGAGACAUUUGUGCAAAUUCAAGAUUAGAUUAAUGAUGAAUUUAAGAAUAAGUUUACUCUCUUAUAUUAGAAAUUUGGACAACAUCAAAAUGAUGAUAUUAGAAAAUGGUAUUUAUAUAAUUUACCUGGAAUAAUCUUGCAUCUGCAUGAAGGACCAUAUGCAACUUAGAUUUUAAUGCCCUAUGCGGAUAUUUUAAUAUAGGAUUAGAGUCAUUCGAACAAAUUGCUAGCUUGCAAAAUAUUGCAUGAAAUUUCGAAAUAGUUUGAUGUAAUUGAAGUACAUAAAUGUUAAAGUACAGUUAUGUGUUACAGAAAAUGUGGCAUUUGUUUGAGUGUGUGAUCUAGAGUGAAGAUCUUGAUUGCAUAUUAGCCAUCAAUUUACCUGAAAUGUAUAGGUUGUUGUAGGGCAACGAAGAGAAUCAGGAGAAGCUAGUAAUUAUAUUAAUGAUAAUUAUUAUAGAAAACUUAGUUCAAGGAAAUCAAUUAAUAAUUGCAAAAAGUCUAUUUAAAAUGCCUAAGCAAUUAUUAAUAUAAUUAACUAUUUUUAGAAUUCCUACAUAAAUUCCUGCAUUUAAUAAACAAAAAACAUUUUGAACAAUACAUUCUUCCAGUAAUCUAUAAAGAGCAAUAAAAUAUUGAUUCGGAUCUCUUAUCAAUGAAGUGUUUAGCAAAAUUCUAUAGUGUAUGUUAGGAUUAUGAGAUCCAGAUGAAGAUCAAAGACACAAUGAAUUUAAUGUUCUUUAGAGGCAACAAUAACAAGAGAGUACGAUAUAUUUUUUGGGUUUCUAAUUUGAUACCAUUGAUAAGUAAGAAACGCUUUUAAGAACUUAAUGUAUAUAUUAUUCUUCAUUCCCCUCAUAGCUCAACUAAAUUAUCUCUUAUAGCACUGAUAAAGCUGCUAGUGUAUAGAUACAAUUAAUCAAAUCUUUGCCUCAAAUCUAUUAAUAUUUAGAACCGAUAGAAUAUAACCUUAUUAAAAAUAUUAAGGGAUUAACCUAAUAAUCUUUGGCAAGGGAAGUGUUCUAACAAAUUCAGUAAAGAUAAUAGCAAAAUGAAAACUUCUAGGAAGAAUAGAAUUUACUCAUUCAAUAGGAAGAAGCAAUUUUUAUUUAAUUUACUUAAUAACAGAAAUAGGAAAAAACUAAUGAUCUCAUGUAAAAUAAUGAUUAUGCAAAUAAAUAUCUCAAAAAACCAAUACCAAAAUUAGUAUAACAGUAAUCUAAAAAGACUCCGAAUGCAUCUACUUCUGUGAGGUAUAUGAAUUUUUUAAAUAUUUUUUUAAAUUUAGAUUAGCCAAUCAAUCAUUUGGAGAACUUACUCCUCAAUAAUAAUAAUAAUAGCAAUAAUUUAAAAGAGUUCGUAGAUAUACUGAUGCUGCAAAAUCAACUUCCAAACCUUCAACUAGACCUAGUGGAUUUACAUAAAAAUGAG